GCAGAUUCAGUUAGAAACAUCUAGUGUAGAUGUCUCAUUGCUUUUAUUGUACGUUUACCAAAUUAAAUCAAGGAUAAAAUGUAUCAUUAAAGUUCGUUAAAAUGACAGAACAAUUAAAGUUAUUAAUCUGCUUAUGCAUAACUUGGAAAGUAAUCUUUGGUCAAGACAAGUGCGAUACCACGAUCUUCUGCGAGGAAAACAGUCUGUGUGUGUUAACUCACAUAUGGGAGAAUAUUCCAGAAGAUGUGACAAUCACUUGGCACAAAGACGAUGAUCCAGUGUGUAACUGCAGGAUGGCAGGAAAAUGUAAAACACUCAUUCAGUACAGUGAUAGGAUUGUUGGACAUAACCAAGUAUAUGGCACGCUCAUUGAAAACAAAUUAUUUUUUUUACCAAAUGCUUUGGAAGCUGAUCAAGUGAUUAAAUGGAGUUUAACGGCAUACAUUUCAAAUAGCAAAGUAUUGUUAUGCAGUUGGCAAUCAAGAUUCUACAGAAAAAUUAUUUACACCCAAAGUUACAUUGAAGAGACGCAGCCUACAAAGCUGACUUUAGUAUUUGAAUCGUAUCCAAACUGUCUAUGUCUGUUUACAGAUGCGUUAGCAAAAAUACCAUCAAACUUUAACGUUGAUCACGCCUAUGCUCCAGUACCUCACCACCCUUAUCAUGUGAUCUCUUAUUGUUCUUUGCCUUUGAUAAUAACUAAAGAAGAGCAUGAAUAUAGUUUUCGUGUUACUGCAUAUCCUAAUUUGACAAGUUUAUCUGAUGACUUGAACUAUGGAAUCCAUGUGAAUGUUCAUUUGAAAAUUGAUCGCCCAAAGGUUGCAUUUAAUUGUAAGACUAACGUUAAUGAGGGUGAGAGAAUAAACUGUGCCUGUACUAAGUCUGACGCUAGUAAUUUGACAACAGAAGUUCGAUGGUAUAACAAUAGCACCAUUUUGGCCAUCGGGAACGACGAAGCAUUACUUGAUUUGAAAGCGGAACUACCUUUAACAGACUUCAUUUGUGUUGGUUCAAACUCUCUUGGAUGGAAAAGCAAAAAAAUGCAUUAUAAACUAACGAUCCGAGAUAAAGUGGACCUUAAAACGUUUUCAUGCCCAGACAAACGGCAGCAAAUAUGUGGUCGGCAUGGCUUAUGUUUCUACAACUACGAAUUUUGCACAAAAGACAAAAAAGUUGAAUCUUGUUUUCCAAACGUCACUGAUUUGUUAGAAUGGUGUAGAGAAAAAGGCCAGUAUGACACUUCAUUAAUGAGAGACAAACAGUGUGGCCAUGCCUGUAUAUCGAGAUUUGGCCUGAAUCAGCUUUUAAGUAAAAAUGUACAAAGAGAACCAGAUGAAGUAAAUGCGGCUGGAAUCAUCGAUCAGGAAUUGCCUAAAAUACUAUUGUAUGCAUUUCUCACACUGAUUGUUUUAGUAUUAUUUGCAAUGUUAAUAUUUCUCAUAAGGAGAUGGAAACAAAAAAGUGAUCUACGGAAUCAUGAAGAAACAUCAACGUAACUUCAGCCUCAUGUAAUCUCAAGGGAUAGAUUAAAUAUAAGAGAUUUGUUUGCAAUGUUAUUAAAAUAUAUGUAGUUAUAAAAUUUUGUUUUUUACUAAUAAGGUCUGCUGUUAUUAUUUGCUAACUAAAAAUGUUUGUAUAUGAUUGCAAGUGUUUUCGAAUUUGCCUCACAGCUAAAAAAAACGGUGUAAAUAAAAUUGUACCUUAAAAUAAAAAGUAUUCAUUUUCUUUGUAUUUG